CAUUAGUCUCUGCCGCCUAAAAAAAAAUAGACUAUUGCUCCGGGCGCUUGUUUACCGUGAACCAAAGUGGCCGAUCCCUCCGUCGUUUUUAUCCUUGUGGCCACUUACGCCUCCCCUCCGCCUUUCCCUCCUACAACCAACUUUCUUCCAAUCUUCCACAUCCGCCCCUCCCACCACAUCAUUCAACAUGGCAGCCGCUACUGAGCACAAGUUGCCUCUUGAUCCCAAGUACGACCAGUACACCUUCCCCACUACUGCUCCGGAAGCCCACACUGGUCACCCUGGCCACACCACUCCAGAGCAGGAUGCGAAGGUCGUCCAGUUCCGCGCGGAGCUCGAGAAGGAGGGCUACACUGAGCGAUUGGAUACCUUGUCGCUCCUGCGUUUCCUGCGUGCCCGCAAGUUCGUUAUCGCCGACGCCAAGGCUAUGUUCACUAAUUGCGAGAAGUGGCGCAAGGAAUUCGGAACUGACAAGCUCCCCGCUGUCUUCGAAUAUAACGAGAAGGCUGAGGUGUUCAAGUUCUACCCCCAAUACUACCACAAGACCGACAAGGAUGGCCGUCCCGUCUACAUCGAGAAGCUAGGCAAGAUUGACCUCGACGCCAUGUACAAGAUCACCACUAGCGAGCGCAUGCUCCAGAACCUUGUUACCGAAUAUGAGAAGCUGGCCGACCCCCGUUUGCCCGCUUGCUCGCGCAAGGCUGGCAAGCUGCUCGAGACCUGCUGCACCAUCAUGGACCUGAAGGGUGUUGGUGUCACCAGCAUUCCCUCUGUCUACGGAUACGUUCGCCAGGCCUCCGAGAUCUCCCAGAACUACUACCCCGAGCGUCUGGGUAAGCUGUACCUCAUCAACGCCCCCUGGGGUUUCGGUGCUGCCUUCAACUUCGUUAAGGGUUUCCUUGACCCCGUUACCGUUGAGAAGAUCCACGUUUUGGGCAGUGGUUACAAGAAGGAGUUGCUCUCCCAGGUCCCUGCUGAGAACCUGCCCGUUGAGUUCGGUGGUUCCUGCUCCUGUGAGGGUGGUUGUGAGCUCUCCGACAUGGGUCCCUGGCAGGAUCCUGAGUGGGCUCGUACCCCCGCCUGGGCUGCCCCCAAGGAGGAGGCCGCUCCCAAGCAGGACGAGGCUGCCGUCAUCGAGAACCAGGAUCCCGGUUACGAGAAGAAGGAUACCGAGGGUCAGGAGGGCGCUCAGGCCAGCGCAUAAAUGGAAUCAUAGAACAUUUUUCCCUUUCCACUCGUUAAUUACAUCCACUGGGUGGUCAUGAUACUGCAAACAUUG